ACAGAGGAGCCGUGUCUUAAUUAGGGUAAGGAAGAGGUGUUCCUUGUUGACACGCGUAGGCAUUUCAGAGGUCAGAAGAAGUGUGUUCCUUCUUCGUCGUUUCUCUCUCCUCUCUCUCUCUCUCUCGUGGAAAUUCUCUCCCGGUUGGAACCUCCAAUCCGAAGACGGCACGAAGAGACGAGAUGAAGCUGCGGAGGAGACGACAAGCUUCGGAGGAGAGAUGAGGUGAAGCUUAGGAGGAGAGAGCUUCUGGUAGUGAAAGCGGGUUGGAUUGUAUCGAUGGUGAUCCUGUUAAAGGUUUCAUGAUAAUGAGGCCUCUUUCAAGAUUGAUAGUUCCUUUUAGUCUUGAUUAAGUAGCAAGCUUACUGUUAUUUGACUCUCAGUAUCUUUUCUUUUAUAUGAUAGUUGUCUUAGAUAGCUAUGGAUCAGAUAGUUAACAUGAAUGAGUUUCAAGAGCUGGCGAAGCUGGUUCUCCCUAAGAUGUACUAUGAAUUCUACAGCGGUGGAGCAGAGGAUGAGCACACUCUCAAGGAAAACGUGGAAGCUUUCACUAGAAUCAUGUUUAGGCCUAGAGUUCUUGUUGAUGUGAGCAAAAUAGAUACGUCUACAAGCAUAUUGGGUUACCCUAUCUCAGCUCCAAUCAUGAUUGCUCCAACAGCAAUGCAUAUGUUGGCUCAUCCAGAAGGAGAAACCGCGACGGCGAAGUCUGCAGCUGCGUGUAAUACUAUCAUGAUUGAUAUCUCCAAAUAUGAAGAACUUUGAAGGUUUAUUUUCAACUGAACUCCAACCUAGUGAAGGUUCAGGGAUUGAAGCCUUGGCCUCUCGUGCACUUGAUGCUUCCUUUAGUUGGAAGGGAGUGAAGGUUCAAUGUUGAUGUCAUCAUCUCUUGCAUUAACUUUGCAGUAGCAGUAGGGCUUAAAAAAAAUCUCUAGAAGGGUAUGAAGGUAAUGUGUCUGCAUAGCUUAUCUCUCUAAUGUCUAGAGUUUUGUUGAUGUUUACAGUGUUUUUAAAAAUCCCAAAAAUAAAAGACUUGCAUUGGAGGUACUGAUUGUAGGUGUCUCUUGGUUGUGUCUUUUAAUCUCAAAAAUAUUAAGAGACUCAAUAAGAGGCUUUAGGAUAAUCAUGCUCUAAGAGUGCUCUAACAACAAGAAAUCCUCAUGAGUCUCUUGUCUUAUAUAAUAUCAAUAUACUUAAUUUUGUUGGUUAAAUUUAAAAGUUUAAAAACUGAAUCAGUGGGAGACAGACACGUAAGCAAAGAGUCUCUUUAAGUUUUGUUCACGUUUAUUCCCAAUAAAUUAUCUCUGUUUUUUUCCUCUCUCCUCUUUUAUCAUUUUAUUAUUUUUAUUCUUAAGGUGUAACUGGUUAUUCUUAAAAGGAAUAAUAGGAAUAAAAGGAAUGAUUUUUUAUGGAAUAGAAAAAUCUGGAAUGAUGUUAAAAAUGGAAUAAAAAAUGAUAUUAGAAAUGGAAUAGAGAUUCCACGCAUUCCAUUCAUUCACGGGAGUUUUGAAUCAUGAAUAAAAGGAAUAACUUUUACAAAUGAUUUAUUUUUUUGUUUCACUCCAAAACUGGAAUAGGUGGAAUUGUGUUUAAAAAGGUUUCAUGAUAACUGGUAACUAAUUUAUGGAAUCCCAUGGAAUGAUCUCAUUCCAAAUAAUUUUAUUCCAAAAAAUGUCAUUCCGGUUUCAGCCUUAGAGACUUGAUCAUGCUCUAAAUGCUCUUAAAGUUUAUCUGCAAACUAUCGAUUCUCAUUAUUCUCACUCUCUCUCUUACUUUUAUUUAUUUUACUGCUAUUUGUUUCUUGAGAAACUGUGGUUAAAAACCACCACUUAGAGCAGGUUUAUUGGAGACUCUUAAGUAGGGUUCUUAACCUAAUUACAAUUUAAAAAAAAAAAAAAAAAUAAAAAAAAAGAGAAGAGGCGUAUUUUAAUUAAGCAUGGCAAGCGACGUCUCUUGUGCACGUGUGGCAAAGCAAUUGGCUAGAGGAUUGCUUCCGUCGCGUUUCUUCUUUUCUUUCUCUCUUUGUUUCUCCAUUGAUGAUCUUGUAGCCGAGCUUCCUCGUCGUCGUCGUCAACGUGUCUCUGUUUCUUCAUCAGACGUAAAGGUUCCGUCUUUGAGGAGUUUCGCCAAUGGGUUUCUGUGUCCAAAUCGUAAGUUCAGAUCCUAGAUGCGAAAGAUGGAAGCUUUGCACGAACCCACCUGGAGAAAAGCUGGGAUCUUUGAAGCUAUCAAGGCAUUGACUUUCAAAAUCCGUGAAGACCCGUCUCUGAUUCAAGCCCUAGCUGAGAAUUGGUGUCCUGAGACCAAAUCACUCGUCAUUCCUUGGGGUGAAGCAACUGUAACGUUAGAGGAUGUGAUGGUGCUUCUACGGUUCUCUGUUCUGGGCUUCCCUGUUUUUGCCUCUUUGGAAAGCUCAGAGAUGAGACGUGCAGUGAAGAGGCUAGAGAAAGCAAGGACAAAGAUUUUAGGGAAUCGGAACAAUGGUUACCGCGUCAGUCAGUUGCAAUGGACUUUACGUUUCAAAGACAUAGAUGAUGAUGAUUCGUUGGAGCAUGAAGCUCUGGAGGAGCAGAAGAAGGUGAAUGUUGAAGUCUCCUAUCAGGUGCGUCAAUGUAUGAAGCAACUUGCCGAGGACAAAGUAAAGAGGUGGUUUUGCAACCCGUGUAGAAACUUCUUAUUGUGUGAGAAACUUGAAAAAGCUUUGGAAAAGAUUGAUAAACUAAAGAAACGAGUGAGGGAACUUGAGAUCAGAGAAGACUCGACACCAUCAGUCCCACCGUGCAGCAAUGGUGCUGGAGGCAGUUGGUUGUCAAGUGGAGAAAAUCAAAAUCUCAGAAGAUGGAGCAAACAAGGAGAUAGAAAUCCUCAAUCACUAGGAGGUUCUGUCUCAUGCAAGGAUGAUCUAAUCUCUGUUGGACCUGAUGGGAAAGGUGUAAAAAUCAAAGUGUUGAGAUCUAAACCCCAAUUUUCUGUGAGUUUUUGCUUCUUCUUAUCUCGUUGUUCUCUAUUGCAUAGGGGUUUUUUAUAUGUGUUUGUAUUCUUGUUUUGUCUCUGUCAGAUUUGUUGUGUCUUGUUCUUGAUUAUUAUGUAUGUUUGUGUUCUUGCUACCCUUCGGGAUUGUUUUAGAAUUAGAUUUUUCACAAUGUUGUGUCUUGUUUUGUUGUGUCUUACUUUCUUGUGUCUUGUUUUGUUUCUUUCAUGUUCUUCCUUUUAUUUUCAAUCAUAAUAUUUUUUUAAGAACCCUAUUGACUAAGAAUCCACUUAGCGGUUAUCCCAAUAAACAUGCUCUUAGGGUAUCAGCAUUGACACUCUCUUAAGAGUACCUUCCACAUAUAAUAUCAUUAUAAUUAAUUUUCAUAAUUAAAUGUUAAAUUCAAAAAUUAUUAGACCAAUAGAAAGAUGACAUGUAAGAGAAAAGUCUCUCAUAUAUUUUUGUACGUUUCUUGAAGAACAAUCGCUUCUGCAUUUUUCUCCUCUUUUUUUUAUCCUCUCUCUUAGGGUCCGACUGUUGAUCAUUCUAAGAACAAAAAGAACGAAUAAGAAAAGAACAUAGAGAAAUAAAAAUUGCAGGAAUGAAAAAGAAUAAUUGUUCUAUCUCAAAUUUAACAAGUAAUAAUUUUGUUCUUUGGUUCUCUACAAAAAAGGAAUGGUAGGGAAUGAGAAGGAAAAACUAUUCCUUGUGAAUUGUGAUUUUUUUUAAGAACAUUAAGGAAUGCAUUAUUCCUCAUCGUUCCUUAGUCACCAUUUAUACCCUUAUUUUUUCUCUUUAUUUCAUUAUUAAAUGGGUGAGAAUCUCUUCCUCGUGCCUCCACUGCGCCUGCUCUUAUGGUUUUAGUUUAGUAACUACCAAAGUAGGUCGAGUGGUUCGACCUGUAGAAUUUGAGGUGAUGAUGAUAAUCAUGACUACUUCAGCCAAACAUUUUUCAUUUAGGUUAUAUAACAUUAAGGUUUUAGUUUAGUAACUAAUUCCAAAGUAGGUCGAGUGGUUUUGACCUGUAGAAUUUGUAAGGGGAUGAUGAGAUAUCGUGACUACUUCAACCAAAUACUUUUCAUUUUGGUUAUAACUUAUAUAACAUGUGUUUCUUAUGUCCCAUUUGAUUUCUAUUAUUUCGUCAAUGCAUAAUAGCACAUUCAAUAAUAAAAACCUUAAAAUUAUUUCAAACAAAAAGUUAUUAUAUUAAAAUAAUUGUCAUAGAAUGAAAAUUUUAUUCAAAAAAUACUGAGUGAAAGACUAGUGGUAUUUAGGAUUUUAAUAAGUACUAGAUUCUGAUCCGCCCUUAAAAAGGGCGGGUAUAUUUUUUGUUUUACAUUUUUUAAAAAAAAAUUUAAUUUUCAUAUUUAUAUUUUUCUUUAUAAUCAUAUUUAUACUUUUCUUUUUAAUUGUGUUUCUCUUUGUAAUCCUAUUUAACAAAAUAAAAUGGGUUUUAUAAAUUGUGAUCCAAUGUAACCACGUUACCUUUAAAACACAAAACUAAUUCUAAAAUAUAGAAUUAGUGGGUUCGUUUACAAAAAAAAAUAUGGGGUUAGUGGGUUACAGUUAUAUUAUUUACUUAAUAGAUAAUAACUCUUUAAAUAAAAAAAAUAGUUGGAUCCUACUUUUAUUGAUUGGUCAUAUUGUUGUUUUAAUAGAAUAGAUAACAUUUAAUAAAUUUUGAUCGAAUAACCUAUUUCGGUCCCGUUAAAUUAAAUGAGUUUAUAUGAAUGUUUAUUUCUAUUAAAACCGUUAAACCCUAUUUUAACAUCUUGUUCUUUGUUAAUUGAUAAACUUAAUGUCUAUGUAAAAUAUUUAAAAUUUGAAUAAAUUAAUGUCUAGUUGAAUAAAUUCUAAUUUUUAGGUGAGAUGUAAGUUAUAAUUAGUUAAAAUAAUUAAAUAUACCAAAUUUUAUUAUUACUAAAUAUUAUAUUUUAAUAGUCGGUGAAAAUAGUAUAUAUCUUCUUUCAUAAUAUUAAAGGUGAAAAAAUGAAACUACAAUAAGUGUUUUUAUUUUGUAUUUCUUAACAAAUAUAAAGUGUCUGUGAUAUAAAAAUUAAAUUUUGUACUUUUUAACCGAGAUUAUAAGAAAUAAUUAGCAUACAAUUAUAGAAAGAUAUGUCAAUAAUGUAACUGUAUACAUAAUUAUAUAAAUAAUGUGUUCUAUUAAUAAAAUAAAAGGUUAAAAUUCUAAAAAGAAAAAGGUUUAGAUUAUCCAAUAACACACAAAAUAAAAUUUUGAUAGAAUCCUGUUGAAAGAAAGAAAGUAAGCAAACUUAGUUUUGAUAUAAACCCAAAAUUAUUUAUAUAACAGUUGCCGAAUAUAAAUAUUAGAAAGAAGUGGUGUGGCCAUCGAUAAUUAUGGAAAAGAGGUUACAAAAUACAUGUUUUGACCAAUAGAUGGUAGUUAUGGAAAUACAGUUUUAAUUUCAAUUCAGUUUAAAAGUAUUAUGUUUUAUUUUUUUUAGAUUUCAUAACAUAGAAAAACAAUUAUUAGACUCAACAUAUAUCAAUUGGUCAUACUUGUGUUUUAAUAGAAUAAUUUUUUUAAUUAAACAAUAACUUUAUUUUAAAUGGUGGCUCCCAAAUUUUAGGUGAUAUGAUGUGGUGGUUACAAUCCUCAUUGUGUAGUGGUUACAUUUAAAUUUCGUUUAAAAAAUAAAAACCCAACUGAUUAUUAAGCAAAAGGAAGGCGCAGCCGAUUAUUAAGGGAGAAUACGUGAUAUAAAUGAAGGGUGGUUACUGGUUACAUCGCUUUAUUAUAAAUUGAUGAAGUUAUACAAAAACGUAAAAAAUUUAAGUUGGACCCAAUUAAUAUCAAUUAGUCAUACAGGAGUUUUAAUAGAAUAGAUUUUAAAAUUUAUUAGAAUUCAUUAUCUCUUAUAAAUUAUUCAUUGUUAGAUAUUAUUUAAAAAUCUAUGAAUGGAAGUACUCUAACACAAAACAUCUUAACAGCUUAGUGGAAGAAGUUUAGAUGUCUUUUCAAUCAGAUAUCAUAUUGUCCCAAAAAUCAUUUUCAAACAAAGAACAAGAGAGAAGAGUUUUAAGUGUAUUUGAUCACAAAGUGGGCAUGAAAACAGCCUGACACUGAAAGAACAACAGAAUCUCUAAGGUAAAUUAUAAAUUCCAAAAAGAAAAAAUCAAGCACGUUCAUCAUGUGCUACUUAUUUUUCGUUUGGCAAAAUAGAAACGAAUCUUGAUAGAGACCUUAACAAGGCUACUUGUGGAAGCAUGCAUGAAAUAUACGUAUUUUGGGUUUCCCUUCGCCGGGUAAUAUUAUUGGUGGUUUUAUCCCUAGAGCAUAAAUGCAGAAUCAGAUUUAUUGUAUGUGGUGGUGAUAAAAAGGACAUGAAAUCCAGAUAGUUUGAUAUUUUAACACUCACAAUUUGAUAAGUUAGCUUACCAUGCCCAGUUUAGUUCUUGCAAAACACUAAUGAUUGAUUAAAGAGAAAUUACUUAUAAUGAGUCACAUUAUAUUUGAAAUGACUAGAAUAACUCAUAAACUUUUGCAAUUACUAGACUAACUCACGUGACUAAUGAAAGUACUAAAACCCCAUCCUUCCUUUUCAUAUUAACCUUUUUUUUUUUGAAAUUUCUUUUCAUAUUAGAUAAUUAUUUUCUUUUUCCCCUAAAAUAAUUCUCAAUCUCUCGUUAUCCUCUCAGACGAAAGAAACGUCGAAGACGAAGGAGGGUUCUCUUCACUUCCGUCUCCGGUGAGCUCUCCUCUGGGACAGGCUCCUUCCGUUUCGUCAUCUCCACCUCAACUCGCCGUCGUCUGUCAUACAAAAAGAACCCUAAAUCCGAUUUCACUUUUGUCAAAAUCCACCUUUCAAUAUAAGAAAAUUGAACCUGGAUGUUUCAGACAGAACAUAAUUGGCGUUACUAUCUAUGCUUCCUUAGGAGAGGAUGCUUUAAUUUACUCACUCAAUGUGGUUGGUGUGUUAGUUUGUUUUUGUUACGUGAAUUACAUGGAUGUUUCAGACAAACCAAUGCCUCGAGGGGAGAUUGUGGUUGGUGAUAACAGUGUAACAGCAGGUUACUUCAACAAUCAAGCAAAAACCGAUGAUGUUUACAAGGUAGUUGAGCAGAGGCAGCUUUGUUUCAAGUAAUUACGUUAACAACAUUAUGGUACACACAGACCCAAUAAACAGCUACUGUGUAGCUCUUGUUGUAGCAUCAUACGGAGCAUUAGAGAAAUGGGGCAGAGCAAGCAGGAGUUAAAUACAGCGACUUCUCUGAGCUAUGCGAGAACGGUGAUGCAGUAAACAAGGUUCAACAAUCUCUUACCAAGGCGACAAAGGUAGAAAAGAUUGAAAUUCCAGCAAAGAUAAAGUUAUUGCCGGAGCCGUGGACAUCAGAGUCGGGACUAGCACAGCUGCUCUCAAGAUAAAGAGGGAGAAAAUAAAGGCCAAGUUCAAAGAUGAACUCCACAAGCUGUAAAAAGUCUUAUCUAUUACUUAUGAGUUGGGACAAACUUCAUGUACUUAGGGUUUUGACUUUACUUUUACUAAUAAAGUUUGAUCAUGAUGGAGUUGUUUUCUCCUCUUUUAAUACAAUAAUUUUCAUUCCAACUUGA